UUCCUGCCUGCUGCCUCUCUUCCAGUUUCUGCUGCAGUCUUGAUACUGUCCCUUGCUCUUGUGGUCUAAAAGCCCACAAGUUGCUCCAAGUUACAGCAACAGAAGCUUAAAAUAAUGAUCUUCCCUUUGUGUUUUUUUUAUUCCCCAAUAAAUCUAGCUCUACUGGCUUAUUAACAAAAAAAUGCAUAUAAAGCAACAUCUGUUUUUAUCAGCUCAAUGAACAACCAGUUAAUUACCAUGUAGUCAACCCUUCUAAACAGAGCAGUAUUACAGACAGACUUACUGCAGCUACCUUUGCAAUUAGCUUACCAAACCUGGAACUGUUAGUAUAUGGAUGCUUGUAAAUUAAAUUUUUAAAAGGCUCAGACUUCAGACUCUCUAAUGUACUGUUUCUGUAGGAUUCCUUUAGGAAAACUAAAGGUAGUUGAAUUGUGACCUUGUCAUGGAUUUGAGAGCUCACCCAUGAUUGAGUAUUUGUAUUAAAUAGUCUUCAAUGUCACUAUACUAAACUGUGUAACUUCCAUGCAGUCUGUUUUGUGUGUCUUGUGUCAUCUUCUGUCUCCCAGUAAAAAUCGUUACCUCUUAGGCAGGCUUGACAAGCACAUCAAAGGCUGAAAUAAGUUUAGUUUUUAUUUGUUUUAGUUUGAUGUAGAAACCUGCAUCUUCAAAGUGAGUUUGAAAAAAAUAGCUUAAAAUGACUAAGAAGUGUAGGAGAGUGAGAAGCUCAAAGCACCAACAGCAAGAGGGUCAUGUGCCAUUGUGAAGGAUACCAACCAUGAAUAUAAUGUUGCUGAAUAUGGUAAAAAUGCACAGCUUCAUGAAGUGCCUAUUUUUUCCACUGCAGGAGUUUGAAGAUGCAGCAGGCCUGGUAGUGGGGACAGAAGAUCUCCUUAAAGAAGUUGUGCCGUCCGAAAUAUUUGCCAUGUCUAUUACGGAUCAUAGCCCCACCACUGGAGUGGUGACUGUUAUUGUUAUUUUGAUUGCUAUUGCAGCUCUUGGUGCCUUGAUACUGGGCUGCUGGUGUUACCUGCGUCUGCAGAGGAUCAGCCAGUCUGAAGAUGAGGAAAGCAUUGUGGGAGAAGGAGAAACCAAAGAGCCCUUCCUUCUGGUGCAGUACUCUGCUAAAGGACCUUGUGUAGAGAGGAAAACUAAGCUAACUCCAAAUGGCACAGAAGUACAUAGCUAACUUGGAGCAACAUGUGUAUGAACUACGCUUAUGAUGUGUGUAACUGGCAGAAGAAUCUCUCCUGUGAAGAACCUGGUCACAUGCAUGCUACUCAUCACAAAACACCCUGAUGAGGAUUACAUCAGCUUUGUUAGCAACUGCAUGCACUGAGAAGUUGCACUUUGCAUCAACUGUGUAUCCCGAUUCCUCUGUGACAGGAGCUGACCCACCUGGCAUAAUGUCCAUUGCUGGCAAUGGACACAGGGAUAUAUUGGUGUAAAGAGACUACUAAUGUUUUGUUACUUUGUUACUUGAAUGUUUAGCUGAGCCUAUUUUGACGAAGCUACUACUGUAAUGUGAACUACUUUACAACUGUGAACUGUAAGUAAGCUGCCAGAAGCUUUUUGCUUUGUGUUCCACAGCAUAUGGAAAUAUGUGAUGCAACUGUACAUAACAGGAGGACUGCUGAACCACAACUGUAGCUGGGAUUCCAGACCUUCAAAACCAAAUCUGCAGUUAAAGCUUGCUUCUGCUAUUAAUUUGAGUGCACAGCUAUAAAGUCAGAACUCCUCUUAACAGUUUA